GUCGUGGCAGUCGGAAGUCGGCUCUCUACGAUGAGCUGCUGAGCCGCGGAUGUGUUUACCAAGCGCGUCACGGCUUUGAGCGGCCGGGUUGGUUUGUACCCUCCUCGGGCAGCCAAGAGGCUCUCAGCUAUGACUUCUAUGGUGCCUAUGAGGAGGGCGCUUGGCGACUGGGCGAAGCCGAUCAUCCUGAUAUUCCCAAGCAUGAAAGCCACGAGUACCUGGACCUUGUUGAGGGAGAGCUGACUUUUGACUGGCCUCAGAGUCAUGCCACCGUCGCGGAGGAGUGCCGUGCCGCACGCGAAGGCGUGGCCGUCUUCGACCAGUCCUACUUCGGCAAGUUCUACUUGAACGGACCGGACGCAGACCAAGCCGUUCAGUACCUGUGUGGUGCAGACAUGGAGAACAAGCGAAUAGGAUCCGUGACCUACACGCCUUUGUGCAACUCUCGUGGUGGUGUGGAGGCCGAUCUCACCGUGACGAAGUUGCAGAACCCCAAGGGCGACAACUGCUACUACUUCGCGGCAGGUGGCAACACGGCCACAAAGGACUUAGCCUGGAUCCGGAAGGUUUUAGAGGACCAGAACUUUGAUGCACACAUCGAGGAUCACAGUGAGUCUAUGACCCUCAUCUCAGUGCAGGGGCCCCAUAGCCGGCGCUUGCUUCAGUCUUUGACUGACUCAGACAUGAUCGACGAGUCUCUGCCUUUCUCCGGCGCAAAGCACCUGGAGAUCGCCGGGCAUCCGCUCCUGGUCCUUCGGCUCACCUUCGUCGGUGAGCUUGGCUUUGAGCUGCACACUCCCGCCGAGUCCGCAGUUGCGGUCUACCGCGCCGUGCACGCCGCCGGGGCGAAGCUUUCCGAGCUUGAGGGCAUUCCAGUGCGGGAUGCAGGGUAUAGGGCUAUAGACAGCCUGUCCGCGGAAAAGAACCUCCGCCACUGGCACGCGGACCUUAGCAACCGGGACACUCCGCUGGAGGCAGAUGGGAGCACAGAAGGACAAGUCACAAAUCACCUAAGUACUGUUCCGUCGAACACACCCUUCAAUGGUCCUUAUCUAAUAUAG